UUGCCUCACCCCUCUCUGGAUGCCAGGAGCUUCUAGUUAUGGAGCAGACAACAGUCACACACCAACCCAGACUAUCCAACACUUCAGCAUCAAAGAUUCAAGAAGAGGAAGUGGGGGGCUUCACCACAGGAAGUGAGGAGAACUGGAGGUUAAACAAUGCCCCUGCCGCAAGAGACCCAAUACUCACACAGCCUGGCCUCGGCAUCACCACGACAACCAUCACCACCAUCACACAGACGGGAGGAGACUGGAGCACUGGCCUGUUUGACAUCUGUGGAGACAAGACCACAUGUAUUCUCGGGGCUCUGCUGCCAUGCUGUUUAGAACUGAGUUUAGCUCACCAGUAUGGCGAGUGUAUGUGUAUGCCCUUCCUGCCGGGAUCCACCUUUGCCAUGCGAGUGGGAAUCAGGGAAAGGUACAAGAUACAAGGCAGUGUGUGUGAGGAUUGGACCACGGUGUACUGCUGUUACCCACUGGCUGUAUGUCAGAUGAUGAGAGAGAUGAAGCGGAGGAUGAAGACUCAGACGUAUCAUGUGUCCACUGCCCUUGAGUGCUCCUGAAGAAACUGAAGACAGUAAAUGAGGCCUGUCCUUCUAUGAUUCAGUGCAGACCAGAGGAUCAGCUGAGAUCACUGGCAUGAAUAGUAUGAAGAAUCAAUACCAUAUAAUGCUUGAACUUACCUUUCAUGCCCCUGGGGACACACUGGAUAAUAAAUCAAGCCUAUCCUACAACAUUCAAAGAAGACUGCAAGGACGAAGUUUGAUUAAUAGCGUAAACAGCAAAAAGAAGCAGAGCUGCAAAGUCUGAACCAACUUAACACUGCCUUGGAGGACUUCUGCUUAGAAACGAUAUUAUGAAUACACUUGUAGAGGCAAAAAACUCAUCAGAUACAUUUUGUAUUGGAUGAAAAGCAGGUGGCUAGAGGCACGCUUAUUUGGUUUCAGUAGCUAUCACUAUCAGCAACAUCACUAGACAUCUGGUAUAAGAGUCUGUCAGACACCAGAAACUUUUACAGCCAACUUUCUAAAUAUGUUUACAUGCAUUCCAGUCUUAACCCAAUAAAGGCAAUUCUUCACUACUGUAACUGUAACAUAAGCAGUUUUACCUUAAUCGGAAUCCAUCAUAAUCAAAGUCAUUAAAGCCGCUUUAAUACAUAUAGAAUUUAGUUGAACAUUUUGAGUCCUUGGAGAAUGUUAACAUCUUUAUUUGAUAUAUUUAAAAGGUCAGUUCACACAAAUUCCAAAACAAUAUAUUUUCCCACUACCGCAAUCUCGGCAUGUUCUAUUUUGCUCUUUCAUUUGUCUAGUUUUUGAGAUAUUAACCUCAGAAACUUUGGCAGCCACCUCACUAUAAUGGAGGUGAAUUGAAUUUUGUUUGUGCUUCUCAAAACAAUGAAAACUUAUUGAAAUACUCAGCAGCAAAAAAACAAUGUCCCUUCUUCGAUAGAAAGUGGCACCUUUGAAGUAAGUGAGAAAUCUUUGUGUGAUAUGGGAGAGCUGACUCUUUGAUUUUGUCUUGCAUGCCAAAGGUCACCAGACACAUUAGCGUACUCUGUCUCUCUCAGACAUGAGGGGAAGAUGAAGUGAAGAAACAUAAAGCGUUCUAGACCUUGGGGCACAAAUUGUGCAAUGGGGGCAUAACUCAAUAUUAGGGACAAUAUCUAUAAAAUCAGACUAAUAAAUCUCAUUUCCAAGGCACAUUUAAUACUACUUAUGUAAAGCCAGAGAAGCACAUAAAAACAGCAUGCUAGGUCAGGUCAGCAAUGCUUUUGAGAGUUGUUUUAUUUAUUUCAGAGUGUGGGUUGAAACAAGUCCACGAGUUCAUUCGGUAUGGAGAACCACCUGUCUGAAAAACCCAACAUACAGGCCACUGUGUAGCUCUGAUUACAGUCAACAGUUCAAGUACAGUCUGAAGAUAAUAAAGCCUAUUUCCAUAUUUCUGUCACUGUUUGAUCCUUCUAUACCUUGGCUCAACCUCAGGCAUUCAAUCAUAUUAUUAAUCCAAUUCCUGAUUGCUGUGGUUCCCAGAACUUGAAAUGCCAACCAGCAAGAACAUUGUGGAUAUGAAAAUGUUAUUUAUACAGAAAGCAGAUGGGUCCUCAAAGGGCAAAUAUGUAAUUUGUUACUCUUACGGAUGUGGUCACCCCCCCACACACACCUGGCAGCUGCAGAGAAAAUGGGUUUGGUGUCAAAAAAGAGAGA